GCUGCACAAGGUCCAGGGAAAAUGCCUCCGUCCAAACCUUUCCCUUCUCGCGAUGCCCUAAUCGAUCGAACUAAUCGAUCCCUUCUCGCGAUGCCCUAAUCGAUCAAACUAAUCGAUUCAAAAGUGAAUCCAUUUCGAUCGAUCACUUCUCCCUUUCGAUUAAUCCCUAAUUCCGCGCUCCUCAAGGGUUUUUUUUAGGUAUGAUGGGGCUUCGGAAAUGUGAAGUGUGCAAGGAGGUGGAGUCCAAGUAUAAAUGCCCCACAUGCCUCACUCCAUAUUGCUCAGUUGGGUGCUUUAAGAAGCACAAAGAAGAUCUUUGCCAAAAUUCAUUGCCAGCUCCAGAAGAAGAGAGUAAGUAUUUCCAUCCUGCAGGAUUUCUGUCUCCAACUCUUCAUAAUGGGAAGGUGGCACAUCCCGCAAAAUCACGGGAAGUAGAAGAAAGAAGCAGGCUUGUUAGCAAAGAACAAUUACAAUCUCUAGAAAUUCCAGUGGAUCCUUCAAGACCUCUUGAAGUGGAGGAACCCAGCUGGGUUGUUAACAAAGAACAAUUGAAGUCUUUAGCAGGGUCCAGUGAGAUCCGAGAUGCCUCGAAGGACGUAGAACUACGGAAACUUAUAAUUAGGAUUGAUAGCUCAAAAGAACCAGAAAAAGAAUUAGAGAAAGCAAUGCUAGGGCAAGAUUUUCGGCAAUAUACUGAUAAGAUUCUCAACAUUAUUAAUCCACGAGAGUAAGAUUCUUGGAUGUGUCCACUCAUCGACAGAUGUUGGGAGAAAUGUGCUCUGGUUACCUUGAUUUUAUAUAUGUAUAUGUAAGUUUUUAAAAGGUAUUGAGUCUUCUUUAUUUUUUUGGCUUCUUUAGUUUUUCUUUUCUUUUCUUUUCUUUUUGAGCCUUGAGGUGGCACACAUGAGCGGUGAAAAAACUACUGUAAUGUAGCAUAUGCUUGAUUUGCUGGCGUUUCGUUGAUGUAGAGGGCCAACAUUUCUUGUUUUAAUGGGUUUUUGUAAGGAGCCUAAAACGGUGAGAUUGUCGAUGUAGCAUGUUGUUCCAGAGUUUUAUAAUAGAGUUUAGGAAAUGAUUCACAAUCCUCUAAAAUAAAACAAGACGCUUUGCUGAGUCCGUGAA